CCUCUGCUGUUGACAGUCGGUGUUGCUACUCGAUACCACAAUGGUCACCCAUUCGAUACCAGCCCUCUGCCUCGCAAUCCUGUUGUCUGUACUACUGAAGCUAUCUACCACUGCAGGCACAGAGCAUUGCAUUGGUCCUGUGAAACCACUGCAAGUUGUCAAAGUGGGCGUGGAGCCGGAGCUUGGUGAUGCCAACUUUAUGGAAAUAAAAUUGAGGUCAAUAUACAAACUCGAUGUCGCGAUGAGUAUAGACGGAACACCUAUUGUUGUUAGAGAUGAAAUGAUAGAUGACGGCUCAACCCAAGCCACCAAGUCCCAAGAUGGCGAUGACUACGUUAUCAUCAUUGCAUCACUAAAAGGAGUGAAAAGUUCGUCUCUUUCGCUGGGAUUGCGGAGCCAACACCCAUGCAACACCUUAUUGUUGUGGGUCGGAUUUCCCAGCCUCCGGCGUAUUUUCGAAGAAGGUAUUGCGAUCCCAGCUGUGUCUGUGUUUCCAAAGAGAGCGUACAGUUUAGACAAAUAUGACAGCUUCCUAUUGAGAUAUGGAAUCACGUUCAGGGACGACGGGAAGUUAGGAGAAAUUGAGAGACAAGCCUUUUCCCCAAUCUACCAAUGGAAUGAGACGAACAUAAUGUAUUCGACAUUCGGUGAAGGUGCACCAAGGGCAAAUGGCGAGCCAAAAAAAUUUGAUUUCCGUCGCACGAACUCCAGUGCAAACGGAUUCAAAACGUUGACUUCAGAACUGGAUGUGCAACUGGGGUCGUCUCUUCCUUUCGACGGCGCUGUCAUUUCGGCUAUGUGUACGCUCGCAAUCGGACCAGAAGACAUCUACAUGUAUGUUUUUACUAGCCUACAGUUCAAGGACAUUUCAAAGCGACUCCCAAUGCGUGUUGAGUCAUCAGCCAUGAACAAACCGCUUUUGCAGAUGGGAUACCAGAAACGGCAGGGCUUAGACAUGGUGACGGUUGGUUUGAACUAUCGCAUACCAGAGGGGAUGCGUGGGCUAACUUGCGCGGCCUUGGGAGUCGAUACGGCACCACACAUGGCAAUCGCUAGACUGGCCUCGGUCAAUGACGCAAAUGGUGACAUCACGAAGGUGGAGCAAGUUGAGCUCCCCUAUCCGCCUUUUCGCAUCGGGGCUCUUGGCUUUAUCGACACCAAGGUCAACCAGCCCGUGGGAAGUGAAACAUAUUACGUUUGUAGCGCCUCCUCCGGCGACGAUGUCACCAGCAUCAUCAUUAAGGUCAUUAGUAUGGUUCCACUGGAAGUUACGAUUGAGGUAGCCAGGAGUAACCGAACGGAACGAUACGAGGCUACAUGCACCGCCAGUGGCGACCCCAAACCUUCAAUCAGGCUCUUUCUGGUACCAGGUCAUAAAGUUUUGGGCGCCUCAAGCGAUUCUCAAAUUCCCGAACAAUACCGUAAUUACGAACUGACGGAUUCUACUAGCCAGGUCAAUGUAACUUCAACCACAAUUGACAGUUACACAAGGGCAAAAACGAUGUCCUUGUACCGGAAUGAUUGGGCGGAUAUGGAUGGUUAUGGCUAUAACCUCGAGUGCUAUGCGUCCACUGCAAACCAGGUCGAAAAGCAAACGACGUAUUUAAAUAAUGGAUACAGCAUUUAUUAGAUUGUAAAGACUGUUCACGCAUGUGGUGUAAUCGAUAAAUCAUGCCACCGCAAAAUGCAACGAGACGCGAUGUAACCCAUGUCUUCACAUUAGAGAACAGUAACCUUAUAGCGGCCGAACUCCAUUGCUGAACUCAUGUCCCGUCUAUGUACAGUUAAGCAACUAUUGGGGGAAAGGCAACGAAAUUGAUGCAAUCAUACUUCAUAAUUAUUUACAACUUGAUUAGAAAGACGUAUCGAAUUGUCCAAUUUAGUCAAAAAGAAUUUGAUGACAUAGAAAUGAGGUCAUACCAAAUACUAUUUUUAAAAUGUUGAUAACUGAUUUAUCGUGUGGUAACUUUGUCUAACGACAAAAGACCGUGUAUUGGGUCAGGCCUGAAAUCUCUUUUACUGUGAGGCAAAAAACGUAAUUUACCAAAAAAUUUAAAGCCUAAGCUGUGAUGAACGUAACACACUUUCCUUGUGGACAUCAAUAUUAGACGGAUGAACAAGUGCAUCGCAAUAAUACCUGCGAAUAGUCAAUAGAAGCUGAUACCCAUGUCCACUGCUCUUAACAGCUUAUCUUCUAAUAGUAAUGGUCAAUUCCGCUUUUUUCCGGUGGAUGCAGGUUGAACAACAAAAAAUGCACUGUCAUAACAGUAUUGCUGUUUCUCAAAGAGAUCCAUACUUUCCCUUAAAAAAAUCGCGUCUGGCUUUGUUAGUAUACGCCGCAUUGCAUACCCAAAGAUGGAUUUUGUUCUGCGAUUACGCAUGCCCUGUGCGAUUCAAGCAAAAUCGCAUUCAGUGGAAGCCUAUACCGUUAGCGCAAUGUAGUCUCUGAAUCGUCGCCGUCUU